AUGUUGCGCCACGGGAACGUUCAACAGAGCGUGAAGGAAGAAGAGAGGGAAAGGAGGGCCAGCGAUCCGACCCUCACGUGCAGAAGAAAGAGUCGUGAAGAAAAGUGCAAGUGGAGUACAUGGUACAAAUCUGGAAGGCCCCAUUUCCCGGCGAAUACCCAGGGAGUUCUGAAGAUCUACAUGCGGAUUAAUUGGCAGCGGUUUAUAGGGGGUUUUCCGACCGGUGUGCAAGUAGGUACACUAGGAAUCGUGAAGAAGUACAAGGCCAGUACUUGGCUGGACAGGGAGUAUAUACCUUCGCGGUACACAACGCUUCUCUCUGCACUUGCGACGGAUGUGACGCGCCUCACUGAGGUGCGUCAUUACUCGGCAUGCAACGGCUUUCUCCGUACUAAAGACCCCUGUAGCAUGUUCCAGUUAGAUGCGUCCUCCGUAUACAUCGACUUUCUCCGCGCUAAGGAUCUCCGUGACAGGUUCCAGUCUCAAGGCUCCUCGGCGUACAAUAGCUUUCUCCGCACUCAGGACGCCGGGUACAUAGUGUCGGUGUAUACAACCGUUAGGAUGGUGCAGCGUGUUUUAGCUGCGAUCCGUGAUUCGUCAGUAGGGCACAGCUUUUUCCCACUUAGGACGUACGUGGCUUCUGGUAAUGGCGCGUAUACUCUUUCGAGCGAAGCAAAGCCGAGCGAGGCACUCCGCGUACGAAUUAACGAGAACGACACCGUGCCGAGACCCGUGGUGAGCAUCCUGCAGCUGAGGCCUACCGCUUCUAGAGGCCUGUGUACGCUGAUACAUGCGUAUCUGUCACAGGCUAUAUGUGCAUACGCAAGAGAAUCCAGCGCCUCAGUCUUCACAGGGUACAGUUUCCGCUGCGUCCGGCAGAGGCGCAGAGAUACGCACGUGGGCACAUGCGAGUGUAAGAAAGUAAGUUCUGUCUGUCGAUUCCACUCGUCGCACAGCUUUACGUGCGACCAUCCGUGUCCUAAGACAUUCGCAGAUGCAAGUAGACUAUACCUGUUGGUUCAACCCACGGCGCAGCUUUACGUGUGCCCAGCAGACGUCGAGAUGCACGUGCACGAGAAGGAGUCUAACAUACGAGAGGCAGGCAUGUUAAUCUAUCGCUGA